AUGUAGGCUGCUGAGUCGCAGCCCUUUCCCAUGUGUAUCAAGCAAUGAGUUGGCAAGUAAAUGUGUAGUUCUAUUUUGACGUCAAACUUUGGACCACAUAUGGGAAAGCUUGAAGAGAUUAAGCUGUAUCCUUUUGAAAUAUAUGCAAUUGAUGAGAAAGAACUCACAUCAAGGUUCUUGAUACAAGUAAAGAAGCAAUAAACAUCUUCUCUAUUUUUCUUUCUUCUCUCAAUGGCUACAGUUCUCAAAUCACUCCAUAUUCUGAUAACAUUUUUCAUGUUUUUAAAACAGUUUGCCUUAUCCCAAGAGGAAAACCAGUUCAUCUUCAAUGGCUUUAAUGGAACCAAUCUGCAUCUAAAUGGGAUUGCUAAGAUCCAACCCAAUGGUCUAUUAGAGCUAACCAACACUUCAAAGAGACAAAUUGGCCGUGCUUUCUUCCCAUUUCCUCUCAAGUUCAACAAAUCUUCAUCCGACCGCUCUGAUUCCCUAUCAUUUUCAACCAACUUUGUAUUUGCCAUGGUUCCAGAAACGAUCCAUUCUAGUGGCCAUGGUAUUGCAUUCACUAUCUCACCCAACAUGGAGCUGCCAGGGGCUGUAGCAAGCCAGUAUUUUGGACUUUUUAAUUCUUCAAGCAAUGGCCUUUUUUCAAACCAUGUCUUUGCUAUAGAGCUAGACACAGUUCAAAGCCCUGAAUUUGCAGAUAUCAAUGGCAGCCAUGUUGGCGUUGAUGUAAAUAGCUUGACAUCCUUGGAAUCAGCUCCAGCAACAUACUUUGCAGAAGAUGAAGGGGAAAAUAAAAGCUUGGACUUCUUUAGUGGAAAUCCAAUGCAGCUGUGGAUAGAUUAUGAGGAAGUUGAGAAGCUGCUCAAUGUAACACUAGCUCCGAUUAGAAGCAACAAGCCUAGCCGGCCUCUUUUAUCAAGGAGCAUUGAUCUUUCUACUUAUCUCUUGGAUUCUAUGUAUGUUGGUUUCUCUUCAUCAACUGGUGAAUUAGCUGGUAACCACUAUAUACUCGGCUGGAGCUUCAGUAAAACUGGGAAAGCACAAAGCCUAGACUACUCAAAGCUUCCUUCACUUCCUCCUCCGAGAAAUUCAAAGUCGAAAGCAGAUUUAAGAAUUAUUGUCCCUUCAAUAACAGUGAUUGCUUUGCUUGUAACAAUCUCUGGUGGUGCAUAUGUUAUACGGAGGAAGAAAUAUGAAGAAAUACGUGAAGACUGGGAAAAAGAAUAUGGUCCCCAAAGGUUCUCUUACAAGGAUCUCUAUAAAGCAACAAAAGGUUUUAAAGAAAAAGAGAUGCUUGGAAGUGGGGGUUUUGGAAGUGUUUACAAAGGAGUAUUACCUUCUUCUAACGAACAGGUUGCGGUCAAGAGAAUUUCCCAUGAUUCGAAACAAGGGAUGAAGGAGUUUGUUGCCGAAAUUGCCAGCAUGGGAAGGCUAAGGCAUAGGAACUUGGUGCAGCUCCUAGGCUACUGCCGGCGAAAAGGAGAACUUUUGUUGGUCUAUGACUAUAUGCCAAAUGGAAGUCUAGACAAGUUCCUAUUUAGCAAUUCAAAGCCAAACCUUAAUUGGGCUCAACGAUUUCGAAUUCUUAAAGGAGUAGCAUCUGCACUGCUUUACCUUCAUGAAGAGUGGGAGCAAGUUGUUCUACACAGAGAUGUAAAAGCUAGCAAUAUUCUGUUAGAUGCUAACUUUAAUGGAAGGUUAGCAGACUUUGGUCUUGCAAAAUUAUAUGAUCAUGGAACAAAUCCUCAAACCACUCGUGUGGUUGGGACUCUGGGAUACAUUGCACCAGAGCUGGCUAGAACCGGGAAGGCCACUACCUGCACCGAUGUGUUUGGCUUUGGGACCUUUAUGCUUGAAAUAGCAUGUGGAAGGAAGCCUCUAGAGCCACAACUAGAGCCUGAAGAGACAAUUUUGGCUGAUUGGGUUCUUGAAUUGUGGAAAGCAGGAGCUAUUCUUGAUGCAAGCGAUGCUAGAUUGGAAGGUAGUUUUGUGGCAGAGGAAAUGGAGUUGGUUUUGAAACUAGGUCUUCUUUGUACAAACCCGAUAGCAGCAAAUAGGCCCACCACGAGGCAGGUGGUACAAUAUUUGGAUGGAAAUUUUACCUUGCCUGAGAUGCCACUGGAAUGUGCUAACACAAUGACAAUUGAACACAGAGCAUAUACAGAUUGUGCUGUGUCACUUCCUACAUCAUACGAAGAAAAUUCUGGUUCUGCCAAUUCCUUUUCUAGCUCUAUAUCUAUCCUCAGCACUGGUCGUUGAAUCAAAAGCAUCUCUCGUCUUCAUAAUUCAACAAGUACAAUACCACUUAAAUGCAAGUUAGCAAGGUGAACACCAGCAAUGGAAGCAUGAAGAUUGAUUUGUAUAAUUUGCUACAGGUUAUAUAAGCUUCUUUCAGCCAAUAUUAUGCUAUAUAUAUAGUUCUAGUUAAAAUAUAGGAGGUCAAUGUCAAUCUAUCCAUUUAGUACAUCUUUUAUUCUUAGCCAAAGCUGCGUUUAAGAAAUAAUUGGCUGCAAGUCCAGUUAAUUAUGGAGCUUUGAGUAGCUUGCAUAUUGUAAUUAAAUGUUAGCCUGUGGAAACAAGCCAGUAGAAUACAAAGUAUAGAGGUUACUGUGAUAAUUCACCAUCAUUAAAAUUCUUCCUUUUCAAGAAGGUUAUGAAACAGCAGAGAUUUAAUACUGACAGCCAUAACAUUAAAUUUUUUUAUUGCUUAAAUGUUGCAAUCGGACAUUUUAUGAGCAUAUUCUAGUGUUUUAAUUUAAACCAAUUAUGUCAUGGUACAAGUGAAAAAUAUGCUGAAGAUCUUUCAAUUAAAUAAAUUAUGCAAGAUUUCUUGUUAAAUAAAAAAUUUAUGCUAGUAAAGAAUAAUAGCAAGAACAAAA